AUGGUCGCCGUGAAAUCACGUUCAAAAUCCCUAAGGGAUACAGAAAUUGCUAUCAACAAGAACUCUACAUUGGAGUCUGUUUUAAUUGCAAUCUCUAAAAACAAUAAAGGUAUCAGCAAGUACAGAUUAAGAGUUACGUACUUGAAGGAAUCUAAGCAAGUUCCAAUUACUGAAGAAUCAUUUUUUAAUGAGGGUAACAACAAGGACAUCGAAUUGUUUGUAAAGGAUCUAGGCCCUCAAAUAUCAUGGCGUUUAGUCUUCGUUAUCGAGUACUUGGGUCCAUUGCUAGUUCAUUCACUUGUCUACUAUCUAUCAUUGAACCCUAAAUUUAUGGCUAAAUUUGGUACUAGUAAAAUAAAUAAUGUCGAUCCUGCUUUAAACAGAAUUGCCUUCUUUAUGGUUAUGGGUCAUUAUUUGAAACGUGAAAUUGAAACUUUGUUUGUUCAUAAGUUUACUUUGGCCACUAUGCCUUUGUUCAAUGUGUUCAAGAAUUCUUUCCAUUACUGGAUUCUAAAUGGUAUAAUCGCCUUAGGUUAUCUUGGUUACGGUUUCGUGGUUCCAAAUUGUUGUUAUGAAAAGACUUUAAAUUACGUCGGUUUAAAUAACUUGAAUACUUUAGUGAGUCUAUUUGUUCUCAGUGAAGCAUGGAAUGCUUAUAUUCAUAUUAGAUUAAGAAUCUUUGGUGAUCAACAAAGAAAGAUUGGUAACAAUACGAAACGUGUUCCAAUCUCUACCGGUAUUUUCAAGAUCUUUGUUGCUCCAAAUUAUACUUUCGAAGUUUGGAGUUGGAUUUGGUUCGCUUUAGCUUUUAAAUUAAACUUAUUUGCCGUAUUCUUUGUUACUGUAUCUGCUACUCAAAUGUACCUAUGGGCUAUGAAAAAGAACAGAAGAUACGGUACCAAGAGAUCCUUCAUCAUCCCAUUCAUCUUCUAG